AUGAAGUCUCUCCUUUUAGGCUCAGCUUUCUUGCUGGCAUCUUUCAUCCACGCGCACCCAGGACCACAUGCCCAACCCGAUCCCGUCCACUUGGCGCGCCGUGGCGCACUGGCGAAGAGAUGCUCCGACACAGUCGGCCUCAUGAAGAGGAAACGGCAUGCAAUGCGCCGACGGGCGCUCUCGCCCUCUGAGGACGACGGCAGCGGCACCACCACGUACACCAUCACGGCUGAUGCCCCCAAGUAUGAUUUCUUGAAGAAUGACACCUGUAUUUUGACGCCUGAGACUAGCACGGGGCCCUACAUUUAUCCGCGGAGUCAGGUCCUGCGUCAGGAUAUUGUGGAAGAUCAGGUCGGGGUGCCCUUUGUCUUAGACAUUGGGCUUAUGGACAUUCAUACCUGCGAGCCCUUGUCCAAUGCAUUGGUAGAUAUUUGGCAGUGCAAUGCUAGUGGAUCGUAUAGUUCUUUCACAGGCUUGGAUCCAGAUAUCCCAUUUCAGGACCAGUACUUUGAAAGCACUGCAACGGACAAUACAACUUGGCUUCGGGGCAUGUGGCCGACCGAUGACAAUGGUGCAACCAGCUUUACUUCUAUAUUCCCCGGAUUCUAUACCAACCGCGCUAUUCAUGUCCACCUGCAAGUGCAUACUGACUGGACUAUCACCAGUAAUGGCACCAUCGGUGGAAGUCGAACGGUAAACACGGCACAGUUGUUUUUCAACGAAGAUGUAGCUACCCAAGUCAUGGCAGUGCCGCCGUAUGCCUAUCACACCCAGAUUCCGCGGAAGCCAGUAUCACAGGACGGGGUCUGGUAUGAGGAAUCGUUGACGGGAGCCAUGACUAUCAUGGACACGGAGCCUCUGGAUGGCCAGGAUUAUGCGAACAGAGUUCUGGGAUACAUUACCUUGGGCGUGGAUACAACCGCAAUUCAUAAUGGCACCACUGAAAAUCCCAAUCCCUCUAUUCCGACCAGUGCGAGUGCAUAG